AUGGUGAAAGAAGACAACUCUACUCAAUCCGAGACCGAUGUACUCAUCAUCGGUGCCGGGCCAGCCGGCUUGAUGGCAGCCUACUGGAUGGCGCGCUAUGGAGUUAGCGCGCGUAUUAUCGACAAGCGUGAUACGAAGGUCUUCCAAGGCCACGCAGACGGACUUCGUGCACGCACUCUGGAGUUGUUCGACAGCAUGGGCUUCCAACACCGUGUUAUGCAAGAGGGAUCCAUCAGCACCGUGGUAAACAUUUGGGUUCCCAGUCCACAGGGAGAAUUAGUUCGACAGGCUUCCAUUAAUAUCUCUAGGACUGACGAGUCGCCAUUCUACAAUACAUGCUUGACCCAGGGACGAAUUGAGCGGUUCAUUCUUGAUAGUAUUCGGGAGCACUCUGACCUUGACGUCGAAUACAGUGUGGUCGCCGAGUCUUUGGAAUAUGACGAGGAAUUGAGUAACGAUCUCAACUCAUACCCCAUCACCGUUAACGUCAAAGUCCUUGGUGAAGAUGAUACGAAAGUCGAACCUAGAUGUGAAACUGUUGGCAAUGAGGUGACCCGCGACAACUUGCUUCCUGAUGACUGGGCAGAUCUAGUCCCACGUAAAAAAUCACGGAAGACGCAGGUUGAGACUAUCAAAGCCAAGUACCUGAUCGGGUGUGACGGUGCCCACAGCUGGACAAGAAAACAACUAAACAUCCCUGUAGAAGGGUCUAACACGGAUCAUAUAUGGGGUGUGAUAGAUGUGGUACCACUGAGCGACUUCCCGGACGUCCGCCGCCUGAGCGUUGUGAAUAGUGUCACAGGUACAAUACUUGUAGUCCCACGCGAGCGCGGCCUAGUCCGCUUCUAUGUCCCCGUUCAAACCUGCGAGGUGGGCGCGGCCGACAGAUUCGACCGCUCAAAGAUCACGCCAGACCUAAUAAGAGCGCGUGUGCAAGCCAUCUUCGCCCCCUUUACCUUCGACUUCAAGGAAUGCAGCUGGUGGACGGUCUACCAAGUCGGACAGCGUAUCUCUGCACAAUCCACGAAAGAUAACCGGAUCUUCCUUGCUGGUGAUGCGGUACAUACGCACUCGCCCAAAAUGGGUCUUGGGAUGAAUAUGAGUUUGCAAGAUGGGUUCAAUGUUGGGUGGAAGAUUGCUCUUGCUGUGGCUGGUACCCUCAAGCCUGAGGUUCUUGAGACCUAUGCUUUGGAGAGACACCCCCUUGCGGAGAUGUUGCUUGAAUUCGAUCGUAAUUGGUCACCUAUGUUUAAUGAUCGGAAACCUGAAGGGGUGAAUACGAAAGCUUCAGACAUGGCCCUCAUCGCAGAGAGAUUUGAGGACUUCGCGGAUGGGUGGAAGGUGUUUUACCCUGCGAGCAGCCUUGUUCGAAAGGCUGAAGACAAUACUGAAUUUGCUUUUGCACGGCAUAUGAUACCCGGGGAGAGAGUCCGUCCGGUAAAGCUUCGAAAUCAGGCCGAUGGCACUCUAUUAUGGACAACAAGGUCUUUGGAAAGUGAUGGGCGCUUCCGCAUUCUAGUCUUAGCUGGGGAUAUACGAAACCCAAUGCAGAGGCAGCGAAUCGAGACAUUGAAUCGGGCUUUGGCUGAACAGUCUGGAUCGAGUGUCUCACCACUGGGCCGUUACAUGGAGAUUCCUGGUCGAUUCAAGAGCCCCGUUGAUGUGCUCACCGUCCACGCAUCACCGUGGAAAGAAGUAGAAUUCUUUGAUUUCCCAGAGAUUCUGCGUUCAUUUGAUCCGGUGAAAGGAUGGGCAUAUGACAAGAUUUGGUGUGAUGAUGCUUGCAUAUCGGAUCGAUAUUGCGAUGGAAAAGCGUACGAAAAAUGGGGAGUGCACCGGGUUCUUGGAGCGCUGGUGGUCGUUCGCCCAGAUCAAUAUAUCGGUUGGGUGGGUGAGCUUGGAGACGUGGAGGGAUUAACGCAUUACUUGGAUGGCAUUCUUGUGAAGAAGUCACCGACAGACGAGACUGACCUAGCUCUGUAG